CCCACCUCACCAUCCGUUGGCGCUCAUCAGCAAUUAUCAUCAUUGUCUCUCGAGGACGAAAAGAAACCGGCUGUUGAACAGGCACCUGUUGAAGCAGCUCCUACUGAACAACCUGAGGCUACCAACGAAGAUGUUGAGGAAGAUGUUGAGGAAGAAACUGAACAGCCUGCGUCUACUUUUGUAGCCACUCCUAUGUUUGGACAGCCAAUUGAGCAACCAAAGGAAGAGAGCUUUAGUGGCAGACCAAGAUCAGCUCGCUCUAACCAGUCGCAAUUCAGCAUUGGUGGACAGCAAACCCCUGAAACCUCUGAGAGAUCGUUCAGCGGUAGACCCCGAACUGGACUCUCUAAUCAAUCCAGCUUUACCUUUGGCCAACCAGAGCCUGAAGUUGAGCAUCAGCCUGCAAAGCCUGUCACUAGAAGAGAUCCCAAUGCAUCUGCUUUCAGUCUAUUUGGUGAACAGACGCCUACCCCUAAGGAAUCUGUCUCUGGAACCGGCAAGAGAUUGUUCAAGCAACCUGAAAAUCGUGAACCGGAAGCUGAGAAACCUAGGGUCAGGUAAUGUAUAAGCAACGUAUUGCAGUACAGGGUAUGAAACACAUGCACUAACUACAUUUUCCAUUAAAACAGACUUGUUAAGGUCCCUGGACAGCCCAAUCGCAAUAUCUUUGGUUAAACGUACGGUCUAACAAACUUACAUGUCAAAAAGAAUCCAUAUCGGGGAAGCUUAUUACGCUACUAUUAUUUCUAUAUCUCCAUGAUAACUGACAAGUUUACUCAUCCUAGCGCAUGAGCUUUCUCUUAGUUAAUCUCCAAUCUUUAUAUUACAUUAUUUAUUUGCUACAUUGGAGACUGUGAUUUUCAAUGAUUUUGGGUU